UGGGGCCCCCAGGCAAUAGGGGAUCAUGGGGCCCCUGUGUCCUUGCCCAAACUCAAAAAAGCCUAUGAAAAAGGAAGAUUGCACUAUGGGCGGAGCUAUCUCCACCCCAUUACAAGCAAAGUCAUAGCCAAGAGAGGUACGAGGGAAACUGUGAUCAUAUACUGUAGGCAGGGGUGGACUGACAACUCAUGGGGCCCCUGGGCAAUAGGGAAUCAUGGGGCCCCGUGUCCUUGUCCAAACUUAAAAAAGCCUAUGAAAAAGGUACCAGGGGCAUCUCAUGGGGCCCCCUACUGACCCCGGGCCCUCGGGCAGUGCCCGAGUUUCCAAAUGGUCAGUCCGCCCCUGAC